GUACUAUUGCUGCUUUCUAUAUCAUCACAUUCGUCGGAGUAAAAGCAUCAAUUUGGGGGAUCAAUAUGGGCUUCUCUGGUGAUUUCCGAAUACCAGAAUUCAACACCCAGUUUCCUGCUUUGACUGGAGGCUUGACCUUGGGUUAUUUUGUUCACAAUUUUGUGUUGUCCAUCUUGCAUAAUCAAAAAAAUCCUAAAAAUAAUUCACGUGACGUCAGUAUAGCUUAUGUUUUGGUGGUGUUUACCUAUAUCUUUGUUGGUGGAGUGUUUUAUGCAGCCUUUCCCAUUAAGAAAUCAUGUAUAAGUCAGGUUUUCCUGGAUAAUCUGCCAUCCAGUGAUUUCAUGGCAUUUGGUGCUCGUAUUGGUCUGUUCUUUCAGCUGCUCACCGUGUUUCCUCUCAUCGUUUAUAUUGUCAGAGUGCAGUGUAUGGUGUACAUCUUUGGGAAGUCAUAUCCUGGACCAUUUCACGUUCUUGGUUUGAAUGUUGUUAUUAUCGCUUGCUGUGUUGCUUGUGCCUGUUUUUAUCCCCAUGUUGGCACUAUUAUAAGGUAUGUUGGAGCCCUCAGUGGACUGGCCUAUAUAUUUGUCUUGCCGUGUCUGGUAUAUUUAUAUGACAAGAAGAAAGAACAAGGAAGUCUCUCAUGGUGGUGCAUUAUCGUACAUUCAUUCAUURUGCUACUUGGUGUACUGAAUUUAAUUGCACAAUUCCUGAUAUCCUAAUUCUUUAGACAUUGUCUUUACAUUGACUAUAGGGAUGGGAUUUUCUCUGGGAACUGAUUUUACUGAGGAAAUAUGUUGUUGAACCUCUAUAAAGCGGUCACCUUGGGGAAAAGACCAGGUGACCGUUUAAAAGAGGUCAUGUUUGCAGUAAAUAUAAAAUGUAUAUUUUGCCACUUAAUGGAGUGUGACUGCCAAAUAUAUGAUCACUCAGGGAGAAUGCUUCCUUUUUUCUUUUGAAUAAAUUCUUUUUCACUAAAGUUUUAUUUGUCAACGACAAUACAUUUUUGCAAUUAGAUGUAGGUURCAUCUGUACAUUUUUGUUUCCAAAGAAACAUUUUGAAUUAUUAAAUUAUUACAAGAAACAUUAUUGAAAAUGUAGACUAAACUGUUCAGUGUUUGAUAAUGUGCUACGUUAAUGUACUCUCAGAAAAAAAAAACGCUCCUCUGUCAACACUAUACGAUGCGUUCCGGCUGCCGGGACCUUCCAAGCUGUUGCCAGAGGCAGGGAGGAUUAUCGCAAGUUCUUUCUGGUUUAUUUCUAGCCUGUCUUGCCUUUCUAAAUCACAAUACACCGAUACCAAAUUCACAGCGACUUGUACAAAGAUUCGCGACA